CUCCCAGCUCACAAACAUUAACCACGACUCUGUGUUCACAUCGGCCAACUCGAUUAUGAUAGUCGUUUUUACCAAAAGAUGACUUAGAAUCGGUGCAAGUGCUGGGGGACCGAUCAAGUUGACGGAAUUUUCGAAAAACCGAGCGACCCGUGUGUGUGCCGACGUGCCCGCAAAGUUUUUCGACUAGUGAAAAGUGAUUGUUUGGCAACCGCGUUCUUGGAAUUCCUGGAGACUUCAACGGUGGCCCAAGACAGAAACCUCGACAUACGACAGUGUUUACGCAUACGGAACAUAUUGGAUAAUUUUUCCAGGAGAAAGGUCUAGGCCCCAAUGACUUAGGACGAUAGCUAAUCUCAACAUGGAGUGGAUAACAGGUGACCUGAUAUGGUUCGACCCAGGGGUUGGAUAUUGGCUACCUGGGGAAGUUCUCGAGUGCCAUAGAACAGCGAAUGUUUUGACUGUGCAAGCCAAUGUGAAUGGAAAAUCCCAAACCUUCGCACUAGCCGAGGGGGAAGGCUCAGUCCACAGACGCCAAGAUCUUGGGGAAAAUGGGGUUGAAGAUAUGACGCAGCUCUCUGAUCUUCACGAGGCUGCUCUCCUAUGGAACCUGAAGCUCAGAUACGAGGGAAAAAUGAUUUACACCUACGUGGGGAGCAUACUAGCCGCAGUGAAUCCAUACCGAAUGUUCGAUUCCAGCUAUGGCAUCGAGAUGGCACAGAAAUACAGGGGCAAAAUCAUUGGAGCCUUACCUCCCCAUCUUUUCGCACUUGCCUCGGCAGCAUACUCUGGACUCCCAGCUCCCCAAGUGGUAGUGAUAAGUGGCGAAAGUGGCUCGGGUAAAACCGAAUCUACGAAACUCGUCAUGCAGUACCUUGCAGCUGUAGCACCGUCGGCACCAAGAGGACAAGCGUUGGUCACAGAACAGAUCCUUGAGGCAGCCCCCCUUCUGGAAGCCUUCGGCAACGCCAGGACAACCAGAAACGAUAACAGCUCCAGAUUCGGCAAAUACCUCGAGGUUUAUUUCAAGAAUGGUUCGAUAAUGGGCGCUAAAAUAACCCAGUAUCUACUGGAGAAAUCGAGAAUAGUGACUCAAGCGCCACACGAGAGGAACUACCACGUGUUCUAUGAAUUGAUCGGUGGUUUGAACAAUGCUGAGAGACAGAAAUAUGGUUUGGUUGACGCAGACAAAUAUUUCUACUUGAAUCAGGGAGGCGCAGACUGCUCACCUGGUCACUCAGGUUCUAGUGCAGAUUGGUCAGGGUUAACCAGAGCUAUGGAGGUAUUAGGAGUGGGGGAACAAGAACAAGAGGGAAUCAUCAAGGUUUUGGCAUCUGUCCUCCAUCUUGGAAACAUAUAUUUCCACAGGAAGAAGCUGAAACAUGGCCAGGAAGGUGUUGAGAUUGGAAGUGACGUAGAGAUCAAAUGGACAGCAUAUCUUCUCCAAAUAUCAGCUUCUGGAUUGGAGAGAGCGUUAACUUCCAGGAUCACUGAGGCAAAAGCAGAAAGGGUGUACUCCCCUCUCAAUAUUGAUCAAGCUUUAGAUGCUAGAGACGCCUUUGCCAAAGCUCUAUAUUCAUCACUUUUUGACUGGCUAGUCACAAGGGUUAACUCUAUAAUUCAACGUGGAGGUUUACACGACGCUGCUAGGCUUUCUCUAUUAGAUAUAUUCGGCUUCGAGAACUUGGAGGAGAAUUCUUUCGAACAGCUCUGCAUCAAUUUCGCAUCUGAGUCGCUUCAACUUUACUUCAAUAAGCACGUUUUCAAGCUAGAGCAACAGGAAUAUGCGAAAGAAAGAUUGGAGUGGACGGAUUUAACAUGGGCAGACAAUACACCAGUGAUCCACCUGCUCAGGAAGAAGCCUUUAGGAAUUCUUCAUCUUCUUGAUGAUGACAGUAAUUUCCCGAGAGCCACUGAUAAUUCCUUCUUGGACAAAUGCGACUACAAUCAUGCCUUGAAUGAAUUUUACUGCAGACCCAGAGUGGGCAACAGGGAAUUUGGGAUUUGUCACUUCGCCGGACAAGUUUGGUACCAGGUAGACGGAUUUCUCGACAAGAAUAGGGAUAUUCUACGUCCUGAAAUAGUAGAUCUACUCGUUUCUUCGAAAGAACCUCUUGUGAACGCCUUUGCGAAACCGCUUUUGAACCAGGGUAAGACAAGGACUCUUCCUAAGGGAACCAAUGGUCGUUUUGUCACAAUGAAACCAAGAACCCCAACAGUGGCAGCUAGAUUCUCAGAUUCCCUCCAUAAUCUCUUGGAAUCUAUGUCCAAGUGCAACCCUUGGUUCGUCAGAUGCAUCAAGCCGAACAACGACAAGGCACCGAUGAAAUUCGAUAUGCCAGUUGUUUUAGAACAAUUGCGGUUUUUGGGUAUGCUCGACACCAUAAAAAUCAGACAAGCUGGUUAUCCCAUUAGGCUGAAGUUUCACGAAUUCGUUGACAGAUACAGAUAUCUUCUUUCUGGAAAAAUGCGUAGAGGAACACCUUAUCGAGAACUGUGUCACCAGAUCUUGGAGCGUAUACCUUCAACAGAAACUGACGGUCCCGAUUAUCAGUUAGGAGCUACCAGAGUCUUCCUACGUGAAAAAUUACAGCAACGCCUUGAGCUCAAACGUACAGAUUGCCUCAAAGACUCCGCCGUUGUAAUUCAGAAAUACAUCCGAGGUUUCUUAGCCAGGCGUAAAUACAAACGUCUGAGAAGAAGUGCCAUAACCAUACAGAAACAUUGGAAAGGUUACCAACAACGAAACAAAUACCGCAAAUUGAAAAUCGGAAUCGUGAAAGCUCAAGCUUUGGUCAGGGGUAGGAUAGAAAGAAAGAGAUAUAAGCAGAGGAAGGCUGAAUUCAAACGAAGAGUCGAGGCUGAGAAAGUAGCUCAAGAGCGGGCGAGACAAAGGGCUCAGAGGGAAGCUCAACUGAGGGAUCAAGCCCAAAAGAAUCAAGCCAAGACAACUAUUCAAAACCUCGAGAUCCCGGCUGAACUAGCGUUCAUUUAUUCCAAGUUAGAAGGUCAUAAUCCUAGCCACAGUGAGAAGAAUUUGAUGAAAGUCUUAGGUGGUAUAAGUGGACAACCGGCAUCUUUAGUGUUACCAGCGGAUUUGCAUCAGUUUGAAUUCUCGAAAUUCUCAUCGGUUUAUUUCAAAGAAUCUGGAUUAGGGAUGAAGAAAGAACCCAUCAAUACUCCUUUCCUCUCGAAAGCAGCAGCAAGAGAUGAAGAUUUCAGGGAUUCUAUAGCAAUGUUCAAGUUGAUUCUACGAUGGACUGGUGAUACAACAAUGAGUGUCCCACGUGAAAAAGCACUCGCAGAUUAUUUCGUUUACAAAGGACUGAGUUCUCGAGGACUCAGAGAUGAGUUAUUAGUACAGCUGUGCAACCAAACGUGGAAAAACGAAAAUAACGAGAAAAUUUGGGUUCUUAUGGCUCAUUGUUUGAGUUGCUUCCAACCAAGUCCACCGUUGAGCAAAUAUCUGCUGAAGUUUAUAUCGGAUCAUGCAACACCAAACUAUAAGGAAAUCCUUCAAAGGAAAUUACUCAGAGGUUUGCAGAAAGCACCUCAUGCUAGAGCUUUACCACCAACGCUUCUUGAAUGGAGAACAACCAAACAAAGAAAUAAUAUGGCGCUCACCAUGAGUUUACCAGAUGGAAAUGUGUCCACUGUACAUAUAGACUCCUGGACUACAUGUGAAGAAGCUGCAAACUUGGCUAUAUCGGAGCAAGGUAUUCUUCCCUCAGGAUGGAGUGUAGUCUUGGAUGAUUCUGGAAUUGUAUCGGAUGGAUGUGGAUUAGAUUAUGUUCUGGAUCUGGUUUCUGAAUUGGAACUACCUCCAGGUUUUCCCGUUUCAAAGUCAGGUCUCCUAAAGACUGGAAACAGGAAACAAACUUCAGAAGUGGACCAUCACGUAUCACAACCUUCUCCAAAUUCACCGACAAGACCUCAAGUACCGCCCCCAGAACCACCUAGUCAAGCGAUGAGAAAAACAUCUAGGGAAGUUUCCCAACAGAAAAAAUCACCACCAACGCAGAGACAAUCAGUGAACUCAUCCAGGAAACCAUCCAGAGAAAGUUCUAUAGAUUACUCCGCACAGAGGAACUCUCCGAUUACCAACAGUCCGUCAAGAAAAGUGUCCCAUGAUGCACUCUCAAGAAGCUCAGCCCUCAAUGAAAGAUACUUCGAUAUUGAAAAAGUUCGAUCGAGAAGUUUGGAUAAUCUUCUCAACGAACCUGAACCGACACCACUGGCAGACCUUGGUUUGAGUCAGUCCAAGCUCAACGAAAGAUAUCACUCGGUGGAACAACUUGCUCCAAUGGCCCCUGGUAUAUCCAAAGCCAAUUCGAAUUACAUGUCCUCGCAAGAGUUCGAGUUCCCCGACGCUUCAAGUGUGAGUACUUCACAUCGUGGAGGACCUAGGUAUGUCAAGUCCCAAUAUAGUGGGAAGAGAGCCCCAAUGGGAUCUCAUUCGAGCAGUAGAGCUCAUAUCGAGAAGUCUGAAGGGGUGAGGAGUUCUGCUAUGUCUGACACUAGUGAGGCUCCAAGUUUAGCCAGCCAUGUUAGGAGAGUAAGGGUCCCUAGUCAAGCUUCGGAUGUUGAUCAGUUUUUAGAUGAUUUAUUCAGUCCAGUAUUAGAUGAAUUGAGUGACGCCAGAUCUCUGGCUGCAAGCAUUAAAGGUGGAUGUAAGGAAGAGAAAGAAAGUGUUGAUGACUACAUAAGUGAAAUAUUAACUUCACGCAACAACCAUGAUUUAAGUGUUCAAACCUUAGUGAAACGAAUAAAAGGGGGAGGCACUACACACCAACAAAAUGGUUCAAAUUCCCCUGGAUACAACUUCUCUUCCAUUCCUCCUCCAAUAGUUGGUAUCCCACCAUUGAUGAUGCCGAUAUUACCGAACCAAGAAAAUUUCAUGCCCGCUUUUAUGCCGGUUAAUCCAAAUGGUAACAGCAUACCUCUGCUUUCCCCUACUCAAGAAGGGUUCAUGCCUAUGUUCAAUCUCCCUAUGUCACCAAACAACUCCGAUAUGUCGCAGAAUCAACAGAGUUUGCAGAGAGCUUUUCUACAGAGCACAAUGGCCCAAAACUUACAGAUUCAACAACAAAUCCUUGCACAAAACCAAGCCUUACAUCAGCUCCUCCUUCAACACGCAGCCACUAGUGAAACUACAACUGAAAGUCCGAAGUCCACCACAACUAAAGCACAAGUGCACCAGCCCAAUCAAAAUCGUAAGCCUAGCUUCAGCAGGAAGAGCAGUUCUCCUAGUACUCCUUCUUACGAGUAUAAAUCAAGAAAAGGAAGUUCAGAGAAUAGUAUAAUCAUAACGAAGAGUGGUGUACCACCACCUCCACCAAUGCCUCCACCUUUAGAUGAGGUCGAUCCUAACGAAACUAGACCCUUCUUGGAUCCUUAUGGCAGAGCAAAGACUGUGAGAAUAGGUAAAUGGAGAUGGCCUCCACCGAAAGAUGGUAAUACCCCCCAAAACGGAGAAGAUUUCAUGCAUUUCAAAAUGCGUCAAAACCAGAGGAAAGUAACACCAAACAGGGACCAAUCAUUAUCGAUACCAAAUGGUCAUAACGGCAGCAAAAACGACCAAACCACGCCUGAGUGGGAAGACAUUGAAUUCGAACAUUCAAUGCGUGACAAAGAAUCCGAAAAGACAUCGAAGAAAGCCAAGAGAUCUUUCGAUAUUGGGGCUUCUCGACCCUCCCCUGGCAGUGUUGGUAAACUCAAAUUGAGCUCGGAGAUGAGACAGAGGCUGGAACAAGUGACAGCGAAUCAUUCUGUGAGAUCCAGCAGCAGCAACGUGGAGAAACCAAAGAGAAGUGUUAACAAGCUGGAAGAUACCAGGAAGAUGAUGUUGGAGCAGCAACUGGCAGGGAGAUGGGGUGAAGAUACAGAUCAGACUAGUGGCAAAUCUAGCCCGAGCACCCCACCACAUAUUCCCACGAAUGGCUCAAACUCCCCAUCCAACACGAGCUGGUCGAAUGGAAACUGGAAACCAGGUCCACCACCCCCACCGAUGGGUCCGAAUUCUAUUCCCCCAGCCCCCUCAGGACCAGCACCUCCACCACCAGUCAUGAGACCCAACCAGAACCCCAAUUCCGUUGACUCUGGGAGGGAUUCCUUCAUGGCUCAGCGUCAGGACAGGGAUACAUUUGGAGUCCAUCAAAACAGGGUGCUCAUGGAGAACUCCAAGAGGAAUUCCUUCAGUGCCAAUUGGGAUUCCCAGAGCAGCAUAACACAAGAGACACAAGAUGACAUGCAAUGGGGAAAAGACUCGGUGGAUAUUGAGAAAGAAGAGUCGAGGGAUAGUUGGGACCAUAACGAUUACCCUUCGAAUAAAAUCGAGUCUGUACAAAGAAGAAGCGCUCAGAUAGAAAGAAUAGAAAGGAAUGAAAGAAGAGAGAAUGAAAGGAGAGAGAAGAAAGUGUUCAAGGAGCCGACUGAAAGGCCGACUUUUAGGACACACAUGUUCAAUAAAAGUGCUCAAGAACGGGAGAAGAAGUUAUCCAUUGCUUCGACGCAGAUGACGGAUAAAACAGAAAACCAGGAGUGGCCAGAAUUCAUGCGACCAAUCCCCAGUCCACCAGCCAAGUCAUCGCCACAACUCCCCAAGAAAACGAUGGAAGCCACCCUGACAUCCUCUCCAAAAACAACACCCAGACUUCUACCGUUGGGUUCGUCGGCCAGUAUCACCUACAACAGAGUGGCGUGGCUUCUCAAAAUCAGAAAGGAGUUCUUCACGCCGAGCGAAAGUUUUGGUUCACCGGCCGCUUUACAUUUGAUCUUCUGCCAGAUCGUAUCCGACGUCUACGGCCUCAGCGCAUGCCUGAGAUUGACGCAGAGCGAGAAGAGAGCCGGCGUGAACAUGCUCAGUGGGUACGGAGUCACCCCGGAGAAUUUCCACAUGUCCAACAGGGCUAAUAUCAAGAGAAACGUCGUGGAACUGGCCAGGACGUGGCCACUUUAUUUCGCGAGAUUGUUCCCUGUGUCUGGAGCUGCUCAGUUGGCAGACAUACAGCUCUUGGCGGUUUCCCACUGGGGUGUGCAUUUCGUGAAGAAGGACCAUCAACACCUGCAAAUCGUCAGGAGUUUCCCGCUUGGUGAAAUCAACUACUGUACUGCUCCCAGGCCCACUACAGUUAGUCUGGAAGGACCUCAAGGAAGGUUCUCAUUACAUACCCCCAGGGCACAGCAGCUGUCGGAGAUGGUCACCAAGUUUUGCGGGGAAUUCAGAAAGAUGCAAGCAAAGUCUCCACCACCAAGAAGGGAGUCUUCAGUGGAAAGAUUAGAAGUUAUCACAGACACCAAAUCAACUCUGCGAAGUGAAUCGAAAUCACCAACCAGGGAAGAUCCACCAUCUCCAAGAAGUCCUGUACCGCCUUCUGGAAAGUACUCUUUUCUUCAAUUCGCUAUCCAGAACUUCAGGCAGUCAGCAGAACUGGAACGGCUCAAAAACGACACGGCCAAAGCGAAAGACAAGCGCAGCAAAGAAUGGACAUGGAAACAACAAACGGAUAUGAUAAAAUGGCAGGGUGUACCUCUCGAUGGACCUCUCCUGGCUCUCGAAAAUCCAGAGCUCAGCCUGCUCGCCAUCGAAUGCUUCGAAUGCAUUUUGAGAUACUGCGGUGACAUGCCUCUAACUCCUGAAAUGACUGAAGUGAAAUGCGUCUACACUGUGCUAAUGCAUUGUCACAAACACGUCAUGCUCAGGGACGAGGUUUUCUGUCAGCUGAUGAAGCAGACGACCAAUAACAAAUCUGAAUCUCCGGAAUCCUGUCAGAGAGCUUGGAGACUUCUCUCCAUUGUAGCAGCUUAUUUUGCCUGCUCAGAAGUACUUCUACCUUUCCUAACGGAGCAUUUAUCAUCCGCUGCUUCUGAUAGGAGACGAAUUUGUCAUGGGACAGCCGCGGUAUGCUUGGCUAACCUCAGAAAAACCCAGCGAUGUGGUGGUAGAAAGAACGUACCAAGCGUAGAAGAAGUCACAGCUGUUAGCGCUGGUAGGAGCGCAAGGAGACAAAUAUACAGACUCCCAGGAGGUGCUGAAAGAGUGGUGAAUACCAGAUGCAGCACUGUCGUAGCUGAUGUCAUAUCCGAAUUAUGCGACCUUAUUGGUAUAAACUCAGAAGCCGAGCAGCAAGAGUUCAGUUUAUACUGUAUCGUCCAAGGCGACGCCUUCACAAUGCCACUAGCAGCAGACGAAUACAUCUUGGACGUAACUACAGAGCUGCAUAAGGCGGCACAACCCUUCUACUUGAUAUUCUGCAGGUCCGUUUGGUAUCAUCCCUUGAAGCACGAUGCUAGUCCACUCUAUACCGAAGUGUUGUUCAACCAAGUAGCACCGGAUUACCUCGAAGGUCUUCUGCUGAGACUGGGCAAUCCAAGUCUACCUCCAAGCAUCGUCAGGGAUAUAGCGUUGAUUGCAGCGCUCCUACACAAAGCAGCCGAUUUGAACCACUCUCCUAGUCUGAAGGAAGUCAAGUUUUUACUUCCCAAACCCGUCCUCGCUAUGAGAGAACCAAGACCGCCUCAGUGGCUAGCUUUGGUGCAAACGUCAUGGGGACAGGCAGCCAAUUUGCAAGUGUCCAGAGCGAAACAUCGAGUGCUCCAGGUACUCAGCAACUGGCCACUUUUCGGAAGCUCAUUUUUCGCAGUCAAAAGGAUUACAGGAGAGAACGAAUGGAAGGAACAUAUCCUGGCCUUGAACAGGGGUGGGGUUCAUUUCUUGGAUAUGAUCAACCACGAAACACUCCAACACUGGCCUUACGCAGAGGUCAUAUCUACCAGGAAAGUGCGCUCUGAAGACGGCGAUCUAUUUUUAGACAUGAAAUGUGGAAAUUUGCUGCAACAGAGGGUGACAAGACUUCAGACUGAACAAGCCCACGAGAUUUCAAGAUUAGUCAGGCAAUACAUUAAUUUGGAACAGUCAAACGUUCCGAGAAAUUGAUGAUUCGAGGAAUGGAUGCGAAUGAAUGACUGUUGUAAUGAAUUUUUUAAGUUUAUAUUGUAAAUAAUACAAUUUAAGAGACCAUAGUUAUAUUUAUUUUUAUAGUCAACUUGUAUAGACAAUAAUACUAAACAUAACAAAUGAAACCAUAUACAUAUGUCAUAUAAAAACGAUAAAUCAAUGAUAUUUUAUAAGAGUGCCCUGAUUCUUCUUGGAAUAGUAAUCAAUCUUCAGCUCUACGUUGUUUCAAAUUAACCACAUAUCCACAUAUAUAAAAAUGACGAUACAAUAAAUUAUUCUGCGAAUGAUUGUCUAUGUAUUGUAUACAUUAACGAUGUAAGUGAUCCCUAUACUAUUGAAAAAUUGUUGUAAUUGUAGGUUUCUGUUGUUUUGAAUAAAAUUUUGAGAACAACA